CCUGGGGACUCAGGCUCUCCCUGACCUGAGCACGAACCAGGGAUAUUACUGUCGUGUUUUUCCCCAGAUCCUCUAGUCGCCAUGGCAGCCACCAGCAGAGUGAUGAGAGCGAUCAGAGUGUUUGAAUUUGGUGGCCCUGAAGUACUUAAACUCCAGUCGGAUGUGUUAAUUCCUGUUCCAAAAGAAAACCAGGUGUUAAUUAAAGUCCAUGCCUGUGGGGUAAAUCCUGUUGAGACAUAUAUUCGUUCUGGGACUUACGCCAGGAAACCGGCUUUGCCCUACACCCCAGGCUCGGAUGUGUCUGGGGUGAUCGAGAGUGUUGGGGAACACGUGACUGCAUUCAAGAAAGGGGACAGGGUUUUCACCCUUGAAACGGUUUCUGGAGGAUAUGCAGAGUAUGCAGUUGCUGCAGCCAACAGAGUCUUUCCUUUGCCAGACAAGCUGGACUUCAGGCAGGGAGCAGCGCUCGGUGUCCCCUACUUCACUGCCUACCGGGCCCUCUUCCAGAAAGGCUGUGCCAAAGCUGGGGAAAGUGUGCUGGUGCAUGGUGCCAGUGGCGGGGUGGGACUAGCAGCAUGUCAGAUUGCCAGAGCUUGUGGUUUGAAGGUUUUGGGUACAGCAGGAACUGAGGAGGGCAUGAACGUGAUCCUGAGAAACGGCGCUCACCAAGCCUUUAAUCACAGAGACCCUAAUUACAUUGAGAGAAUUAAGGAGUGCACAGGGCCGGGGGGAGUGGAUAUCAUCAUAGAAAUGCUCUCCAAUGUCAACCUGGAUGCCGACUUGCAGCUGCUGGCCCAUGCAGGGAGGGUGAUGGUUGUGGGCUGCAGAGGACACAUUGAGAUAAACCCAAGAGACACUAUGAGCAAGGAGUCAAGCAUAAUUGGAGUGAGUCUGUUUCUUGCAACUGAGGAGGAGAGGCAUGAAUGUGCCACGGCACUCCUUGAUGGCAUAGAAGCUGGCUGGCUGAAACCCACUGUGGGCUCGGAAUAUCCCCUGGAGAAAGUAGCCAAGGCUCAUGAAGACAUUAUUUGUAGCAGUGGUGCCCGAGGGAAGAUGGUGCUCCUUCUAUAAAGGAGAACCUUUUUCCAUUUAUUUUGUAGCUGCUUUAACUGCACCUUUGCUUACAUGGUUCAUUGAAUGUAUGUUAUAAGCAUACUUUUGAUCAGGUUUGACAGUAGAAAAUGCUCACUUACAUGAAUUAAUUAACAAGCUGAUUCUUUUUGUAAUGAGCAGAGUUUCAUUUACUGUAAAGUAAUUUUGGUAGCUUUUUUGACUGAUGUGUAAAUAAUAAAUUUUCCCUGCUGGCAUGGCAUGGUGCUGCAAGGGAAGGCAGAGUUUGGUAUCAUGUUCUGUGUGAAGGCAGAGUUAGGCCACUCUAAGUAGUGCAGAAUGAAACUGCUUUUUACAGAUACACAAAAUUAAAUAACUUGCUGUGUGUGUUAAUUAGAACUGUAAAUUCUUUUAACCACAAAAUUGGUCUUAAAUUUUGUCACACAAUUUACUUGAAAUAAAAGCUUUUACUGACAAAAUAGUUCAUUUUCCAGCUCAAAAGAUGGGUAGAAUCUCUCAAACAUGAACUGUUUGGAGCAGAGGUACUUUCACUUGGCUGUGCCUGCCUCAGGGUCUGAGGUGACAGUGUCCUGGCUCAUCCACAGGGACUGUCACUCUGCAGAUCCAUAUUGGUAUUCCUCUCUGGAACUGAUGAUAGUUAUUCCUGGAUGGUAAAUGGCUGGUUGUGAGGAUUUCAGUUCUUGCUGUGACCUUUAUUAAAGUCUCCUGGGUCCCUGGCUGCAUGGAGAGCAGGGCUGCAUGGCUCUUGUGGCAUGGAGACUUCCUGUGAAAUUCCUGAGCCUCAUUCUCUGGAGUGGGCAGACUGUGCCAUUACACUGAGUCAUUGUCUCUUGUUCUCACAAACCUUAAAUCCAUUGCCUGGGUGCAGUGGGAUCCUUCCUCCCUCCAGGCUGCCCCAGGGGAACAGAGUUAGUUUCCUUGUUUGUUGCACUUCCCCAAGGAGUAGGGAGCUGCCUUUCUAUGUGAAGGUUUAAGAGUGAUUCACCUGGUGUAAGUGAUGUGAGUAGGUAGUUUCUCAGCUGCUUAUCCAGGUGAAAGGUGCUGACUGUUCCUGUUCCUGUUCACUGGGGCAGAAUGCAGCCUGAGCAGUGAUGGUGUGUUGGGAACCUGCUUGAUAAUGUUGUUAGAGAAAAUAAAACAUCUUUUAAUAUCGAAAUACUAAAUAGAG